CUGGAGAUUGUGAGCUUUCUUUAACAGAAAUACCGAACAUCCACAAGCAAAAGCAAUGGCUGCUCCAUUGUCCCUCAACUACCUCAGACCACCCUUAUCCUCAGACAAUCCUCUUCCAAAAAACCCCACCAUCAUCACAGCCAUUGCCACUGAGAACAAGAGCAACAUCAUCAACAACUCAACUCAGCCACACCCAUGUCUAGUUUCGCUAGAAAAUUGCUCCAACAUGAAGGAGCUAAAGCAAAUCCAUGCCCAAAUGCUCAGAACCGGCCUUUUCUUCGACGCAUACACCGCCAGCAGAAUCGUUGCCUUUUGUGCUCUCCAACAAUCAGGGAAUCUCCAUUAUGCUCGUUUGGCCUUAACCCAGAUCGCCAAUCCCACAACCUUUACUUGUAAUUCGAUAAUCCGAGGCUACACGAACAAGAACUUGCCACGUGAGGCUGUUGUUUUCUACCAAGAAAUGAUAACUCAAGGUCUUGUUGUCCCUGAUAGAUUCACAUUUCCUUCGUUGUUCAAAUCGUGUGUGGAUUUGCGUGAAGGGAAACAGCUGCAUUGUCAUUCGACUAAGCUUGGUUUCGCUUCGGAUACUUAUAUUCAGAACACGUUGAUGAAUAUGUACUCCCAUUGCGGGUGCUUGGUUUCGGCCCACAAGGUGUUUGACAAAAUGGUUGAUAAGUGUGUGGUAUCUUGGGCGACCAUGAUUGGAGCUUACACGCAAUGGGAUCAACCGGGUGAAGCUAUUAAGCUUUUUGAUAGGAUGGAAAUUGAGGGUGUGAAAGCUAACGAGGUUACUUUGGUUAAUGUUUUGACUGCGUGUGCUAGAGCGAGAGAUUUGGGAACAGCGAGACGGGUGCAUAAGUACAUUGAUGAGAAUGGUUUUGGGUUCCAUGCGGUCCUUAUUACGGCUCUUAUGGAUGCUUAUUGCAAGUGUGGUUGUGUGUCACUUGCUAGGGAUUUAUUUGACAACAUGCCAGAGAAGAAUUUGGUUUGUUGGAACAUUAUGUUCAAUGGACAUGUUGAGGAUAGUGAUUAUGAGGAGGCAUUGUUACUCUUUCGAGAGAUGCAACUCAAGGGCGUUAAGGGGGAUAAGGUGACUAUGGUAAGCUUAUUGCUUGCUUGCAGCCAUUUGGGUGCUCUUGAGCUUGGUAAAUGGUUGCAUGCCUAUAUUGGGAAGGAAAAAAUUGAGGUCGAUGUUGCCUUAGGAACAGCACUUGUGGACAUGUAUGCGAAGUGUGGGAGCAUAGAAAUUGCAGUGAGAGUAUUCCAAGAACUUCCUGAGAAAGAUGUUAUGACUUGGACGGCCUUGAUUGUAGGUCUUGCAAUGUGUGGCCAAGGGGAGAAGGCAUUGGAGUAUUUCCAUGUGAUGCAGAUUGGAGGGGUGACACCAGAUGCAAUUACCUUUGUUGGGGUCUUGGUAGCUUGUAGUCACGCCGGAUUAGUGGAUGAAGGAAUUUCACAUUUUAACUUGAUGUCUAAGACAUUUGGCAUUCAACCUAGUAUUGAACACUAUGGUUGUAUGGUUGACCUAUUAGGCCGAGCUGGCUGCAUAGCUGAAGCAGAGGAGUUGAUACAGAACAUGCCAAUGGCACCAGAUCAUUUCGUUUUGAGAGGGCUUCUGAGUGCCUGCAGAAUCCAUGGCAACCUUGAGGCUGCAGAAAGAGCAGCUCAACAGCUUCUAAAGUUGGAUCCAAACCAUGUAGGAACAUAUGUGCUUCUAUCAAAAAUAUAUAGCUCGUUAAGGAAGUGGGAUGAAGCUGAAAAAGUUAGGGAACUCAUAGCUGAAAGAAACAUAAAGAAGCCCCCAAGUUGCAGUUUGAUUGAGGUUGAUGGUGUUGUUCAUGAAUUUGUGAAGGGAGAUUCAUCACAUCCACAAUCCUCAGAGAUCUAUGACAUGUUAGAAGACAUGAUAAACCGAUUAAAGAAAGCUGGUUAUGUUCCUGACAAAUCAGAAGUGUUGCUUGAUGUGGAAGAGGAAGAAAAGGAGACUGCACUUAGCCUUCAUAGUGAGAAGCUAGCCAUUGCAUUUGGGCUUGUAAGUACUGAACCUGGUACCCCAAUUCGAGUUGUAAAAAACCUUCGUGUAUGCAGUGAUUGCCACACUUUAACCAAACUCAUCUCCCGGGUUUACAAUAGGGAAAUAAUAGUGCGGGAUAGGAUUCGGUUUCACCACUUUAAGGAUGGAGCUUGUUCUUGUAGGGAUUUUUGGUGAUGUAAGAAUCAUCCUAUACUCUUUAGAUAUUUACCAAUUUUUUUGCAUUGUGUACCAUAUUCAUAUAUCUCAGGUUUCUUUUUUUUCA